AUGCCGUUCUGUAACGUAAGUUCGUACCAGAACGGAGAUGGAGAUGAAUCAGACAUCAAUGGAACCAACAUUUUCUACAGAACUUACGGUCAAGGGCCGGUGAAAGUUCUUUUGAUCAUCGGAUUUGCUGGGACCCACGAUUCUUGGGGUCCACAAAUAAAGGGUCUCGCGGGAACGGUGAUUCCGAACGACGAUGAGUCGACGGCCGGGGAUCGGAGCAAUGAGAGUGACGAAGGUGAUGGCGUUGAGGUCUGUGCGUUUGAUAAUCGGGGAAUGGGUCGGAGCUCCGUCCCUACGAAAAAGUCAGAAUAUACGACGAGAAUCAUGGCGAAAGAUGCAAUAGCUCUAAUGGAUCACUUAGGUUGGAAAAAAGCUCACGUCUUUGGCCAUUCAAUGGGAGCUAUGAUUGCUUGUAAAUUGGGUGCCAUGGUACCCAAUAGAGUUUUAUCUCUGGCUUUGUUGAAUGUAACUGGUGGAGGUUAUGAAUGUAUACCAAAGCUUGAUAGUCAAACUUUGUCGAUUGCACUUCGUUUCUUGAGGGCUAAAAGUCCUGUGCAAAGGGCAGCUGUUGAUUUAGAUGCCCACUACUCUCAGGAAUAUCUUGAAGAGUACGUUGGAGAUGAGACAAGAAGAUCAAUAUUGUACCAACAAUAUGUAAAAAGCAUAUCAUCAACUGGUAUGCAGUCAAAACAUGGAUUUGAUGGUCAGAUUAAUGCAUGCUGGACACAUGAAAUGUCACGGAAGGAACUUGGGUCAAUCUGUGCUUCCAGGUUUCAUAUAUCUGUCAUUCAUGGCAGAUAUGACGUCAUUGCUCAAUUAUGUCAUGCGAAAAAGCUUGCAGAGAAAUUGUAUCCUUCUGCAAGAUUGGUUGAACUUCACGGAGGGCAUCUUGUGAGCCAUGAGAAAACUGAAGAGGUGAAUGCAGCUCUUCUUGAGUUGAUCAAGGCAUCGAAGAGUAAGAUAAGCCUGCACGAGUGGACAAAUUUGCACAAGAAAAGUAAAGUUUGUAAAGCUACCCGGAUAUCAUUUUGCAAAACCGGCAGUUUAUCUUUCAUGUUCAAGCCUCUUCUACUGGGAAUUUUGUUCUUUUUUUACGGCCUCUCAGUCGAUGUGGCUCUCUUGCACGGAUUGUGGGCAAGGAGAAAGUUCAGCAGGGAGGAGAAAGCUGCAGUUAGGUCACUAUUGGAAGUUGAUAAACCUAAAAAGCAUCAGUCUUGCUACUUCUAUCCAUUGUGUAUUUCAGAUUAA